AUGGCCUGCUCAGGUAUCGCGCAGGCGCGCGUCGUCGCGCCAUCGGAGACGAGCGUCGCGGUUGCGCGAGUUACGACGCGUGGAGCGGUGCGGGCGCGCGCGGAGGGCGAGAAGAGGAUCAUUGAGCUCCCGGCAGUCGACAUUACCUAUGAGAACUUUGAACGCUUCGGACAGCUGGUGGGGUGGAUCGAGGACAUGGUGCCGUUCGGCGACACGAGCGCGCAGCUGGUGCUGGACCAGGGCACGCCGCGGUUCUACAUCAUGCGAUUGCGCGACAAACCACUCGCGUUUGACCGAAUCACGUUCCACGCAAAGACCACCCAGAGCCUCGGGUGCCUCGGCGACCAGCCCUGGUACAUGGCCGUGGCAGACGCCACGUUCGACCUCUCCAAGCCCCCCGCGCCCGAGGACCUGAUGGUGUUCCGGAUCCCCCCGGGGGUGUUCGUCAACAUGAAGCAGGGCACGUGGCACGCGGGGCCCUUCUUCGAGCCGUCGUACAUGGACUUCUACAACCUCGAGCUCUCAGACACGAACGUGGUGGACCACAACACGCACGUCUACUCGUCAAAGGAUGGGCUGUCGUUUCAGGUCACGCUGAGGGCGUCGCCGGCCGCGGGGCUGAUCGAGGACAUCAGGUACAUCGAGGACUACGUCAUGCGGGCGCUGAUGGCCGAGGGGAGGCAGUCGCUGAUGUUCUGCGACCUCUAUGAGGAGAUGGAUAUGAAGCACCUGGGGAUCAUGACCUUCAGCAUGGUUCUGAGGAGGAUGGCCCAGGACGACCGCCGGUUCGUGGUCACCAAGGGGAUCGACCUGGCAAACAGAGCGUGUAUCCAGCUCCGGCAGCCAGGGGUGACGUAUUAUGAGUGA